GUCCAGGGGUUUCAUUUUCCAAUUAGCAUAUAUGUCACUUUUCAAUUUUCUUUCUUGUUCAUCUAACUAGUGCAUAUAUAGCAGUCAUCAGAGCAAGAGAGAAUUCACCAAAGGCAAAUGGAAGAAAGCAAAGGAAGAGUGUGUGUUACAGGAGGUACAGGUUUUAUUGGUUCAUGGAUAAUCAAGAGGCUCCUUGAAGAUGGUUACUCUGUUAACACCACUGUGAGACCCGAUCCAGAACACAGGAAAGAUGUUAGCUUUCUUACUAGCUUACCUAGAGCAUCCCAAAGGCUACAAAUUCUCAGUGCUGAUCUCAGCAAUCCAGAAAGUUUUAUUGCUUCCAUUGAAGGGUGUAUGGGAGUUUUCCAUGUUGCUACACCAGUCGACUUUGAAUUAAGAGAACCAGAAGAAGUAGUGACCAAAAGAUCCAUUGAAGGUGCACUUGGCAUUUUGAAGGCAUGCCUCAAUUCCAAGACAGUGAAGCGAGUUGUUUACACCUCUAGUGCCUCUGCUGUCGAUAACAAUAAAGAAGAAAUUAUGGAUGAAAGCUCAUGGAACGACGUGGAUUAUCUUAGAUCUUCAAAGCCAUUUGGUUGGUCAUAUUCUGUUUCAAAGACAUUGACAGAAAAGGCAGUGCUUGAAUUUGGAGAACAAAAUGGAUUGGAUGUUGUCACACUAAUUCCAACUCUUGUUUUUGGACCCUUCAUUUGUCCAAAGCUUCCAAGCUCAGUUCGUAAUUCAUUGGAUUUUAUACUUGGAGAAAAGGGUACAUUUGGUGUCGUUCUACAGACAGAUAUGGUGCAUGUGGAUGACGUGGCUAGGGCACAUAUAUUUCUGCUUGAACAUCCUAAUCCAAAAGGGAGGUAUAUUUGUUCACAAUGUUCAGUAACUUAUGAAAGGAUCUCCAAACUUGUUUCUGCCAAAUAUCCAGAAUUUCAACCACCACCUGUAGAGUCUCUGAAUCAUAUUGAAGGUACAAAAGGAUCAUAUUUGUCAUCAAAGAAGCUGAUAGAUGCAGGAUUUGUGUACAAGUAUGGACUUGAGGAAAUGGUUGAUGAUGCCAUCCAAUGCUGCAAAGAAAAGGGUUACCUGUGAAGUAGCUAGCGGUGUACCCUUUUUUAUGUUAUUAUAGGAUGAGGAUGGCUAUAUAUCCAUACAAUAAGACAAUAAUUAACUACUUUGAUAAAUGGUUGUUCAUGCUACCAAUUGAAUGCUUUUGCCUUUUGGAAUUGGAUUGCAGUUGGCAAUGGAAACUAACUAUUUCAGUUGGUAUUUAAACCUUUAAAUAACACGUGCUGUGUUAGUUGUGACAAUAUAUACCAAAGGUCCAAUUCAGUUGGUAUUUAAACCUUUUUAUGUAUUCAAUUCUUACAGCUAAAAAAAAGUUGUGACUA